UUGGCGGGAGGCGGGAACGGGACAGUUGCUUUCUUCAUUGAAUAAUCUAAAUAAUUAAUACGAAGUGGUGUUUUGUGGUUAAUGAUCGCAUUAAGUUAGUCGGAAGACAUUCGCGAGUGUUAUUAUAUUGGAGUAUUCAAUAAACAAAGUGUAUCUGCCUAUUUUCGCUUCGUGUCAGGAAGCCGCUUCAUAACUCAAAAGUUUAUGCGGACUUUUGAGUUAAUUCGUUUGGGGUUCGGAGUAGGAGUCUACUCCGAGGGUGGGGGCUUAGGUUUCAUCAUCAUCACCUUUCAUCAUUUCAUUAAUCAUCAAGAAAAAAAAAUACGUCAGACAUGGCUGUAUGGGCAUAGUUCCCUUUGCCUUACCCUUCGGGGAAAACCAAACCAAAAAAAAAAAAAAUAUUGUUGUGCUGCUUGUUAUUUCAAUAAUUAAAAAUUCAAGUGUUCUGAAUAUUUGGUGAUGGCAGCUGUUUUGAAAAAGAGAGCUCUUGCAGAAUAUAACAAAUCCUUUCAGGAUGGUCCGACACCAAAGAAGCUUCAUUUAGUGAAGAAACCCUUAAUAGGCAGUUCUGCAGCAGCUUUUGUGGGGUUGUUGGAAAAAUGCAAGUCUAGUGAUGAAGCAUUGCAGCUGCUGCUGCGCAUAUCUGAUUGCCUGCAGUUUCAGGAGUCUGACGUCGAGGAGGCGAUCAAGAAACUAUCAGAACACUUCCAGUCGGAGGAAGAAGCCGUCGUACGCGUUAAAAUUCUUUGGCUUUUCUGUGAUAUUGGGCUUGAGUGUCCCGGCGCCAACUUGAAUAAUCUCAUUGACGAGACCAUACAUUUGAUCAAAAAUGAAACUUCUCAUAAGGUUAUAGCCCAAGGCAUAGCAACACUGAUGAAACUUGGUAAUAAGCUAAGCGAUGAUAAGAACCUGAUGAUGCGGUUGGUUGGUGUUGCUAAAGACAACCUCAAAGACACGAGUCACCGGGUGAAGUGCCGCUGUCUGCAGCUCAUUAGCGAACUCUACCCGAUAUACCCAGAGGCGGACAGGACAAGUGACAUGGUUACUGAUGCUGAAGCUAUCAUAAAGUUGCUUGGAGAUUAUUCAAAUUCAGAGGACGCGCGCGUUCGUUGUGAGGCAUUCCAAAGCUUGUUGACGUUGAACGAGCGGGGGCAAACACUCGGCGCUGCGCUGUACGAGCCCGCAUGCGCCGCCCUGGCUGACGACUACGAGAUCGUGCGCGAGGCUGCCCUUAAGCUGGUGUGGCUGCUCGGCAAUAAGUAUCCAGAGAAUUCGGUGACGUUACAAGACGGCGAGACGACAAUCCGUAUGGUGGACGACGCGUUCAUUCGCAUGUGCUCGGCGGUCAAUGACCUGUGCAUGGCGGUGCGCGCGCUCGCCUGCACUCUGCUGGGCACGACGCGCGCCGUCUCCGACCGCUUCCUGCUGCAGACCCUCGACAAGCAGCUUAUGAGCAACAUGAAGAAAAAGCGCACAGCACACGAGCGCGGCGCGGAGCUGGUCCGUAGUGGGGCGUGGGCGAGCGGGCGGCGCUGGGCGGACGACGCGCCGGGCGCGCUGGUGGAGACCAGCUGCGUCACGCUGUGUCCCGGCGGCGCCGCCGGCGCCUUCGUGCACGGGCUGGAGGACGAGCUAAUGGAGGUGCGCACAGCAGCAGUGGAAGCAGUCUGCCAGCUGUCCCUGGAGAACUCUACAUUUGCGACCACCUCGCUGGACUUUCUGGUGGACAUGUUCAACGACGAGAUCGAGGACGUGCGCCUGCGCGCCAUCGACUCGCUCACGCGCAUCGCGCAUCACAUUGUGCUCCGGGAGGACCAGCUGGAGACCAUACUCAGUGCGCUUGAGGACUAUUCUAUGGACGUACGGGAAGGAUUGCAUAGAAUGCUGGGUUCCUGUACUGUUGCAUCCAAGACAUGCCUUGAAAUGUGCAUUGAUAAAAUUCUGGAGAAUCUCAAGAGAUAUCCACAGGACAAGAGGUCGACGUUCCGCUGCGUGCAGCGGCUGGGCAGCUCACACGCGACUCUGGUGCUGCCGCUGGUGACGCGCCUGCUGGCCGUGCACCCCUUCUUCGACAUGCCCGAGCCCGACGUCGAUGAUCCAGCCUACAUGUGCGUGUUGAUCCUGGUGCUGAACGCGGCGCAGCACUGCCCUAGCAUGCUGCCGCUGUUCGAGGAGCACACCGUCAAGCACUACACCUACCUGCGCGAUACUAUGCCACAUCUAGUGCCGCACCUGCCCAUAGGAGACGCUCAGCAUGCGAGCGAGAAGAGUGAAGCGGCGAUGGACGAUAGUGCCGUAAGAAGGUUCUACGAGAGCGUGCUGCAACACAUCGACAACACCACGCUGUCAACCACCGUGAGGCUCAACAUGCUGCGCACCGCUGAGGAACAGCUGAACAAGUUACAGCACCAAUUUAGCGGCGUGUCAGAGCAAGAGAACGCAUGCGUAUGGCAGUUAGCCCUUCGCGUGUGCGCAGCCAAGCUAUGUGCAGCGGCCGCCCCCGCGCCCGCGGCCGCGAGCCACACGCCGCACACGCCACACACGCCGCACCUCCCGCCGGCGGUGCCCGCGCCCGCCGCCGCCGCAAUGUCUGCCGCAGCCGCACUCACGCAUCAUGCUGAGCUGCUGGAUAGAUUGCUCGCUUCUGCUGGUGUGGAGCCCGACCCGUUCACGAUCGCAGUGUUCCAGCAGCUGUCGAUGAACGCGGACAACAAGCCGGCCGUGCUGGCCCGCGCGCUGAUGCCGCUGCUGCAGGCCGCGCCGCUGCCCGUCAUACCCAAGCCUAACCUUAAGAUCCGCAUGUGCACAGCGACGAUCAUCGAGCCGGCGUCAGACAACGACACGGUGGUGCGGUUCAGCGCGGGGCUGGUGGCGGGCGUGGCGCUGGAGGCCGAGGUGUGCCGCGUGCGGGACCCCGCCAUGCUGCGCGUGCGCGUGCUGUACCCCGACAGCCGCGACCACGCGCUCGUGCCGCCGCGCGACCACCUGCGCCCGCUCGACCACCACAACACUAAUGACGAUGGCACACAGAACGUGCGGCUGCUGACGAAGGUGCUGAUAUCGCACGGCGUGUGGACGGAGCCGUGUGGCGUGGACAUCAGUAUAUGCCUCGCCGUGGACGAGGGCCCGGCCCGCGAGCCCGCGCCGCUCGUCGAGCUGUGUCGCCCUGUGCGUGUUACUGUCGCACCCAAGCCCAUCAAGCGGGGGAUAUAAGCAGUAUACACUUCUUCUUGUACAGUGUAGUAUACACUCACACACCCUGUUAGCAUACCUCGGGCCUUCUCACAGAGAGGAUUUUUUUAUGAUCGCAGAGUACCCAAUGAUGGUGGCGAAUAUGCAUACCGAUUUUGCCGCGAUUAUUUUAUAACAGAUUUGGGUACGCAGCGAUAUAGCGGCGUGUACUCGCUCCGCUGUGACAAAUGGCUAGUGUAGGAGCCUUAGAAGUGUAAAUAGGGCAGUCUAAGUCAGCAUUAUCUUACUAGGUGUGCUAGAUACAUUAUAUUACUUAUCUUCGAUAGAUUAGCAUCUGCAAUAUUUGUACUUAUUACAAUUCCAUAUAUGUAUUUCUUUUUUUAUUAGCUGUUAUGGAUUAAAGAUAUUAUUUGUAAUAUGAAACAAGUACAAGAAAGUAUCCAAGGUAAGAUAUGCAGGAAAGAAGAUUGUACAAAUAUUCCGUUAUUUGACCAAUUUAAAUGUAUUAUGUAAACAUUUU